AUGGAUCAAGUACACAACCGGGCCAUAGAGGCCCUCCAACCUUUCAUACACCUGGCGAACGCCAAUAGCGCUACAUCCCCACGGUUUAUCGCGAACCUCAUCACAAAUGCAACCUCGAACCCGCACACCUACGUCUUCGCCGAGCUACUGGAGACGCCCACAAUCCAGGCUCUCCGGUCCCAAGACACACCCGAAGAGUUCCAAGGCUACCUCACGCUCCUCGAGAUCUUCGCCUGGGGGACAUGGCAGGACUAUCAAACAACGCCCAACCUCCCGCCCCUCAGCCCCGAACAAACCCUCAAACUCCGCCUCCUCUCCCUGCUCAACCUCUCCGCAACCCUGAAACCCCUCACAUACACAACCCUCAUGGACGCGCUCUCCAUUUCGGCACCCGCCGAGCUCGAGUCCCUCGUCACAACCGCCAUCUACGCCUCGCUCAUCACCGCCCGCCUCUCCCCCGCCUCCGACCCGCCAACCGUCAAUGUCACCGCCGUCGCGCCCCUCCGCGACAUCAAGCCCCAGUCCCUGCCGACGAUGAUCUCCCUCCUCACGCAGUGGGAGACCCGCUGUGGCGACGUCGUCGGCGACAUCGAGGCCGAGAUCGCCAAGAUCAAGACAAACGCCGCCAAGCGCAAGGCGAAGGAGCAGGCGCGGGCCGAGCUGCUCGAGAAGGCCCUGGCUUCACUGCACGACGGUAAGGACGUGGGCGUCGGCGUCGGCGGGGGCGGGUCUGCCGCGGGGCUGAGGCGGUUCGGCGGCGCUCAGCGGUUUGCGCUGGGCGGCGGCAACAAGCGCGAGUACAGUGCGGAUGAACUCGAUGAUGCGGAUGAUGGGUACUGGGAUAAUGCAAAUGACGGGGGCGUUGAUCUCCACGCGGCUGGCUCGCGCAUGGAUAUAGAUGAGAGCUUGGGGUCUUCUAGGUUAGGAUUGGGCGGUGCCGGGGCAAGACAUGCGAAACGCUUCCUUGGGAAGAAGACUUGA